AUAAACACCAACUCACAAAUAUCAAUAAUCCAUAAGUGACAUUAAAGAAAUGAAGUCCAAAAGCCUAGCAUUCAUCUUCCUACUUUUAGUUGCACAAUACAUAUCUUGCUUGGCUUUUGAAUCCAAAGAAGAGAAAGGCUCGGUUCAUAUGAAGGGAAAUAGUUAUGUCCGAGAAGAUGGUGUGAAAAGGGAUGAGUUAGUUUUGUCCAAAGCAGGUAAGGGGAAGGGUGCAUACGGUGGUCAGAAUGAUCGGCCUCCCGACAUCAGAAAAAGCAAAGCGGUAUCAAUGCUCUUAAAGGAACCUGCAUACAUGUCAAAAGUUGGUGUUAUUAUCAUCAAUAUCAUGCUUGUUUACUUCUAAUUUCUAAAUUAUGGGACGUAGAAGAUGAAAACAAAGUUUAUACAAGAAUAAAAGGAUUGCUUUUUUCUUUUU